AUGUCCGUCAUUAAGCCAACAACAUCUUCCUCUCCUUCUAUUUUAUUGUCAAAAUCAAACACAGUAGACACCUUGGCCAAGAAAAAGCUGGCCACCCACCCUCACCAUACUAUGAACAGCAGUUAUAGUCAAUCCAUCAUGACAGCAGCACUUCCAGCUACUAGUAGCCGUCAGAAGAAGAGCAGCAGUACUUCUUUGAGAAGGUCUUCUUCCUCUUCUUCCGCCUCUUCCUCGGCUUCUCUGUCGACUUGCUCUACUUCUUCAUCUCUCUUAAAUGCCUCAUCUACGACUGUUUCAACCUCUUUAUCUUCCUCUGUAAUGGAUAACAAAAAGUAUUCUUAUAAAACGUGUCCAAUGUGCUCUGAGCGUUUACUUGUAAGAAUACAUGGUGCCUUUGUACAUAAAUGGAUUAAUCUUCACUUUGCCAACAGGCAUCAUGAAUGGAUGCAUGUCGUAGUCAAUCUUCAUUAA